AUGAAUUUCGUGUUACCCAGGAGGUUCACUCUGCUGACCUCCCUAACUCCCUAUGAUGGGUUAGGUGAUCCGAAGAAAUACAUCAAAAAGUUCACCUCCAUGAUGACAGUAAACAGUGUAUCUUAUAAAGUUUUAUGUCGUUGCUUUCCAUCUUACUUAGACGGUCCUGCACUUGAUUGGUUUUGUUCUUUGCCUAUAGGUUCCAUUUCUCGAUUUCGAGACAUAUCAAAGCCCUUUGAGGAGCACUUUGCUGGAUCGGCCAUCUACAUACACGACUCCGAUUACCUGAAUACAAUCAAGCAAGGCCAGCACGAAAGCCUCAGGGACUACAUGACGCGCUUCACAAAGAUAGCCAUGAGUAUACCCGACCUCCAUCCCGAGGUGGAACUGCAUUCAAUAAAAAGCGGACUCCGACCAGGAAAAUUUCGAGAAACUAUUACCGUAGCCAAACCCAAGACUAUGGCCGAGUUCUAUGAAAAGGCUAAAGGUCAGAUCGACAUCGAUGAACUCCGACAAGCUCGGAAAACAGAAAAGCCUCACUACAGAGACGACGACAAAACGCGGGACAACAAGAAAAAUUUCAAACCAACUCCACAAUACGAGUCCUACACUCAAUUCAACACCAAGAGCGACGACAUCAUUGAGGAGAUCUUGAAUUCAAAUUUGAUCAAAUCACCAAGAAAAGCCGGCAGUUACCUAGAUUCAAAAGGAGCGGACAUAUCAAAAUACUGCUCUUUCCACCAAAAGUACGGACACACUACCGACGACUGUGUCAUCGCCAAAGACCUUUUGGAGCGACUAGCUCGGUAA